CAGUCAGCUCUAUUUAAAGCAUGGCAACUUCACAACAAUGAGAAUUUCGUCUUGUUUAAAUUUAGCGCUGAGCCAAUCAUGUCCCAUCAUUAUUGGUAGAUAAACACACUGGUGGUUUAAUGAAUGGAAAACAGAUCACUGUGGACUCAAUGUAAAUUGUAGUCGAACAACAGCAGACGACAAAAUUUGAUUUUUAGCAGACGACAAAUUUGAUUUUAGCAGACGCAAAUUUUCAUUUUAUUUUUUCAUUUCUAAAUAGUAGACAAUAGUGUGAAACUUCUAUAUAUCAAAAGAUCUACAUCAUUAGAGUAAGAAUAUUUAAUGAAACAAGUGAUAAAACAUAUAAAUGUGAAAUCUUUUUAUCAGGUGCCAUUAUAACUGGUCAUCAAUAAUGGAUUAUUUACCGGUAUCAAAAAUAAUAGUCGAAUUUUGGAAAAUUAAAACGAAUAAUUGAGAAUAUAUUGAACGAUUAUUCGCUAAUUAUGAAUCUUGCAACACCAUACAGGAUUAUUAAAACAUUUACCAUCUAUUAUAUUCUAAUUUGGAUAAAUUUACUCGAUGGCAAACCUCUUUCCGCUGGCACAGAAGAUCUAAAAAAUCGGACAGACUGUGUGCCGGAAUUUGAAACAAAUCUACAGCAGUGCAUUGACAGACUUUAUUUUUACAAAUGGAAGACGGAUGCAAUGAAAUUUCAAACCAGUCGUAACCUUUUCAAAGAAAUUUUGAAAAGAUUUUUCUGCAGACAAUAUACAAACAGUUUACAGUGCAUACAUGAAAUCUUAAAUAGCUGUAACCAGAACGAUACAACUCAAAUUGUACGUAAAUACCUCUGUCAACCGUGGGCACGCCAGUACAAUACACUCUGUGAUAUUAACCAACACAACUCGACAUUCUUAGUUCGGAACAUUUCUUCGGAGACCCUGAUCGGUUCAAGUAUUCAACAACCAAGGACAAAUGUAACGAACUUUGCUUCAACGGAAAGUAGACAACUACAUGAAAGUUCUAAAUCAAACAUUGUAACCUUGACGAUCAAUUCAUUACCAAACUCCACCAGUGAUACAAAAAGUGAAACACAAUCGCAUAAAACAAUAGAUUCCAAUAUUAAUGACAAUCAGUCAAAUUCAAGAAAACUUGGCAAUCGACAAAAAGCCGAACAUACUGAAAAUGUCGAAAAGACAUUACCCAAGAACACGCUCUUUUUCUCUGAAACUGUGAAGAUGGAAAUUGGAUUUCAAAACAAGAAAGUCAAUUCAAAGGAAUAUAAGGUUUCGUUAAGAAAAUUUGAAAAAAUGAAAACAAAAAUUUUGACACAAAAAUCAGCAGCUGAAGAUGUUAAAAGUUAUAAAGAAAAUUUAGACAGCAAGUUUGAAGUACAUUUUGAAAUUCACUAGUUAAAUUUUCAAAUAAUCAUUUUUGGUAACAGAUGCCUGUGUGCCCAUUAAAGCAAUGCAACAUGUUGCAUGGCAUAUACACAAUGCAAGUCAUAAUAUCUACCAAUCUCUAUAUAUUAACAGCUUUUUGAUUGGCCAAUUCAAAGCUGCAGAAUAGAGAGAAUGACAAAUCAAAUCA